AUGGCCUCUGUGCACACGCCGGUUCUCAACGGGGAAAUUAGAACGCCUGGCGAGGAAGACAUGCUGGUUACAAUCAAUGCUAUCGCCAUCUUCGCCGUUUCACAAAGCAACGAUAACGCCCCCACCUUCUUUGACGGAGAAUCACCUGAGGCUCCAACGCCAGCCGAAAAAUUAGCAUUCGGCAAAAAUGGGUCUCAAGCAUCCAUCUUCAAAUUAAAGAGUGCCGUAAGCGAACAAGCGACUCAUGGAUCCGUCGGAAAUACGUCUGGGAGCUCCUACGCUCUCGCUAAAGCCGAUUGUUCUAAUGCGAGCAUUACCUCUGAAUAUCGUCUUGGUAUCAACUUGUUCGAUUAUCUUCCCAAGGAUCAAGUCCCGUCUCCCGAGUGUCAAGAAACGGUUCUCAAAUCUGCUGGCGACGUUGCAGCGCAUAGCCUUUUCAACGUUGAAUCCCACCCAGUCGUGCACAGCCAAGAGAGCCAGAGGACGUGGGCCAUUCGGAAGGGAGGUAUGGGUGAGGUGUCCACCCACCAGUAUCGCAGGGGCUCGCGUGGGCUUCUAGCGGAACUGAGUGAAAGAUUUGGCAAGGCAUCUCCUGUGGUAGCGAUGGCGGAAGACCUUGCGAUAGAAGUGGAGCAAAGAAUACCAUCCUCCAAGCCAGCCCGCGCAUUUAUCGAUACCACCUCAUUGUUCUUUUCGACCCUGCGCUAUAGCAUUGAAGAGAAGAACGAUGAUGUCAAGGUAAGAUACACCGAAUCUGGGAACCUUUUUUCCCAUCUCGAGAAGGCCACCGUGGCUUUGACAUGCUGCUUAUCUGCGAGCUGGCAACAGUGGCUCCUCGAUCCAGGUACUCUGAGCGCAUGCCUUUUACUCGCUUCAUAG